GUUUAUCAGCGAGAAAGUUAAUCGUAUAUCAUUUCGUAAAAUAAAUUUUUUUAAAAAGUAAAAACGCAAAAUAUUUGUUUAAAUUUACAUUAUGCAGUUUGUGAAUUUGCAAGAUUGAACAGUUAAUUCUCAGCAAUCGUUAAUAGACGAUAGUAGAAUUUCUGUUUAGUGCAUCGCUCCCCAGAGGUCUCUGAUUAAAUCGAAAAAUUUGUGAUGGAGUCCGCAAUCGGAUGUUUGAAUUGCCUUUUCUCCGUUUUCUUAUUUACUGUUUUAAUUUGUGUACAAAAUAUCUACAUCAAUGCACAUGAUCUAAUAAAGACAAUUGAGAAUAAUGGAACAGUUUUUGACUUUCCUGACUUUGAUGCAACUGAACCUCCGAAUUUAGAAAAUCGUACAGACCAUCAUACAUACUAUAAUUCAACACUUUACACUACUAAAGCCGUAGCUGAUUCAUUCUGGAUUAAUCUGGAUAAAAAACCGGACGCAGUUACACAUCGAAUGCUUUCUGAAUCUCAUCGCAGAGCUGCAGCUGUGCAGUUAUCUUUUCCAUUUCCAUUUUAUGGCCAUUUCUUAAAUAAUAUCACAAUAGCAACUGGAGGAUUUCUCUAUACGGGUGAUCAUAUUCACAGUUGGAUUGCAGCAACUCAAUACAUUGCUCCGUUGAUGGCUAAUUUUGAUCCAAGCAUCAGUAAUACUUCUUUAAUUAGGUAUUAUGACAAUGGAACAGCAUUUACUGUGCUCUGGGAUAAUGUUAUUCUCAAAGAAAAAGCAUCUGAAGUUGGCGGAGGUGGAUCAUUUAAAUUUGAAACUAUAUUAUAUAGAAAUGGUGAUAUUGCUUUUGUAUAUAAAAAUAUUCCAUUUCCAAUCACUGAAAUAUCAAAUGAAUCUCAUCCUGUGAAGAUAGGAAUAUCAGAUGCAUAUGUUUUAGAACGAACGUCAUAUUUUUUUCGAAAAAAGAUUAUUUAUGAAUAUCAUAAGACUGAUUUGAAGCAUUUGGAUAUUAGCAAUGAUACUGUUCUCUAUUUUAAAGCUUUACCAACUUGUUUAAAAUUCAAGGAUUGUGUUUCUUGCGAAUCGAGUCAAAUUGGAUUCGACUGCAUUUGGUGUGAAACCAAUAAAAAAUGUUCAGACGGACUGGAUCGGAACAGGCAGGAAUGGCUACAGUUCAAUUGCAUUUCUCAUAAAAACCAAUCGGCCUGUCCUAAAGGAGUGGAAAUGACUCCAUCUACAGUCACAAUAUCCAAAACAUCAAAUUCAAUGGAUACUUCUACCAUGGUCCCAAAAAUUUCCAAUCCUACAACUUUGGUCUCAACUUCUAACCAGUUGGAGACAUCAUCAGCAUCAUCAUCUGACAUUAGUCAGACUAUAUCAAGUAAAUCACCUAGUAGUACGGCCGUCACGUGGUCUUCUUUCUCGAGUUUGAGACCUCCAGAAGAUCAUAAUACUAUUCCUUCGGUUUAUGAUGGCAUGAAAGCAUCAUCAAAAGUAUCAGUAGAAGAAACUAAACAGACUGGAAUUGGAGCAGGUGGUGUAUUUGCUAUCAUUUUAGUUAUUGUUUUGAUUGUAGGUAUUGGAAUAUGGUUGUUUUAUGCUUACAAGCAUCCACAUUCAUCAUCUGGGCAAUUUUUAAUCAAGUAUCGACCCAGUCAGUGGCACUGGAAGAGCGAGGAAAGCCGUUAUUCUGCUUCAGUUCACAUGUAAAUCUGCAGAUCCUACAUUCCUACUGGAUUGGAUUCUUAUGCAAUUUUAUCAUUAUCUGUACAGUUACGAGGAUACGCCACUCGAUACAAGUUUCACACAUUCGACAUUCGGGCACAUCUCGUCACACAGGACAGCAUAUCAGCAUAUGCAAAAUCUGUUCCUGUUAAUGUUAUAAAGCAUCUUACUGCAAAAACACGAAUCUCUCUUUACACAUUAUAAUCUAUUAAUUAAAUGGCAAAUCAAUUUCAUACAAAUUUACAUAUUAUAAAAUACAAAAAUACUUUUUACUAUAUAUACAGAAAAUAUUUGUUAUAUAUAUAUGU